AUGGCAACAGCAAAGACAUUCUUUGAAACCGGACGAAAAAUUGUGGCGAUCGGUCGCAAUUACAGUGAGCAUGCCAAAGAACUCGGCAACGCUAUUCCCAAAGCUCCCUUCUUCUUCUUGAAGCCAACUUCUUCUUAUGUCGCCAACGAUGGCACCGUAGAAAUUCCUACAGGGUGUGAAGUGCACCACGAAGUGGAACUCGCGGUGGUCAUUGGUAAAAAUGGUCGUGACAUCCAGGCUUCCGAGGCAAUGGAUUAUGUUGCAGGCUAUGCACUUUCCAUUGAUAUGACGGCGAGAAAUAUGCAGGCUGAGGCUAAAAAGAAGGGUUUGCCUUGGAGCGCUUCCAAGGGAUUUGACACCUUCACCCCCAUCAGUUCGUUCAUUGCCAAGGAGCAGAUCCCUGAUCCGGCCAAUGUCGAUUUAUGGCUCAAGAUCGAUGGCAAUGUCCGGCAACAGGGCAAUACUCGGGACAUGAUGUUUAGUGUCCCUACUUUGAUUGAAUAUGUAUCGUCUAUUAUGAAGUUGGAGACUGGCGAUGUCAUCCUUACAGGUACACCCAAAGGUGUAGGUCCCAUUCAUGCUGGUGAGACAAUUACUGCUGGAUUGAAGCCGGGAUGUUCUCAAGAAGAAUUGGUCACAUUGAAGUUCAAUGUGGCCGAUCGCCAAGGCAAAUUUAGAUAUGAAUAA